GAUAUUGGUAUCAACUUGACUGACCCUAUGUUCAGAGGAAUUUAUAGGGGAGUUCAAAAGCAUCAAGAUGACUUACAGGAUGUAAUAGGGAGAGCUGUCGAGAUUGGUGUUAAAAAGGUACAAUACAAUGGAUCAUGACUGUGGAAACAAUAGGAAAAUGGACUGAUUUCAAUGGGACAUGAUUAAGACUACAAAAUUCAAAGUACUCAUUGGUAUAUCAGAUGUUUAUAAAACCAUUUCAUACUGCUCAACGAAGAUUAUUUUAAGAUUUCAGCUAAUGAGAAUAAAGUUCUCCAGGUACACAGUUUAACCUCAGAUAUGUUUUUCAGUACAGUUGGAUGUCAUCCUACAAGAUGUGGUGAAUUUGAAAAGAAUAACCCUGAUCUUUACUUAAAGGAGUUGCUAAAUCUUGCUGAAAACAAUAAAGGGAAAGUUGUGGCAAUAGGAGAAUGUGGACUUGAUUUUGACCGACUGCAGUUUUGUCCCAAAGAUACUCAACUCAAAUAUUUUGAAAAACAGUUUGAACUGUCAGAACAAACAAAAUUACCAAUGUUUCUUCAUUGUCGAAACUCACAUGCUGAAUUUUUGGACAUAAUGAAAAGAAAUAGAGAUCGGUGUGUAGGGGGAGUGGUGCAUUCAUUUGAUGGUACCAAGGAAGCAGCAGCUGCUUUGAUUGACUUGGAUCUUUAUAUAGGAUUUAAUGGUUGCUCACUGAAAACUGAAGCUAAUUUGGAAGUUUUGAAGUCAAUUCCUAGUGAAAAAUUAAUGAUUGAGACAGAUGCACCUUGGUGUGGAGUCAAAAGUACACACGCUGGAUCAAAAUAUAUAAAAACUGCAUUUCCUACCAAAAAGAAGUGGGAAAGUGGGCACUGCUUAAAAGACAGAAAUGAACCCUGCCAUAUAAUUCAAAUAUUGGAGAUAAUGUCAGCAGUGAGAGAUGAGGAUCCACUGGAAUUAGCCAAUACACUAUAUAACAAUACUAUUAAAGUAUUUUUUCCUGGAAUAUAAUUGGUAUAUGUCUUCCACUUUCCAUCAUGUAUGUAAAAUUUCAUAGUAAAACUUACUGAUAGUUUCAAUAAAGAAAUUAUCUGCAA